CGGAUACCCACGAUUGAUAAACAUGUCACAUAACAUGCAAUCAACCGUGGGUAAAAUGAAUCGAUUUGCGUCGAUAUACAGCAACAGGUGCGUAAAAUAUCUACCAAUGACAUCGCGUUUAACAAAAUCUGUAUUCUUCAACUGCGGAGGUAAAAAACAGUAAGAAACAAAAUGGCAGCGCCCACAGUUAAAAGCUGUUGUACGUGUCUUGGUAAAAUUAACGGCAAAAACUAUCGCCAAGUCAGUUCAUCUGCAAGCAGAUAUCAAUAUAACGAUAUUUUUGCAAGUAUUAACGUUUCACCUACUGGAUUUUGUUGUAACUUGUGUGUGAAUAUUCUUAAUAGAAUCCGAAAAUGCACUGAGGAUGAAACGACAAUCGGUCGUAAAUUAGCGGCCGAGAAAAGAGAACUUUUGCAAAAGUUUGAGCAAUUGCCAGGUGUUGUUAAAGCACAAUCAACGCAACAUGUUACUCCAACUGCAUCAAAACCAGGUUCAACAAAGCGUACAAUUUCUUCACCAAGUGGUGUUACACCAAAAAGUAAGAAGUCUUUGUUUCGAACACCACAGAAGAUCACAACCCCAAAGAGACCUAGCAUUACUCACUGUGGACCAAAAAUGGUGGAUGCAAGCACAGAAACUGUGACUACAUGUACAAGAAAGCCAUUUGAUGUGAAGGUAACUUUGGUGUACAAUGAGAAGGAAAGGUCCAAAAUAAUUACAGACAAAGUAGAGAAAUCAGCCAUUAAAGCUAUUGUCAACAGGAAAGGGCCAGCUGCUGUAGUUAAACAUCUAUUAAAAUCAGAACUAUAUAAAUCUGCACUUUUAAAAUGUGUAUCAACAGAGAUUAUUAAAGAGACCUCAGCACUCACUAAAAAGCCAGAAACUGAUUUUAAAGUGUCUACAACAAAUAAACUCAUGAACUUUUCUUGGAAAGACCAAUUUGACAUCAUCAAGUUAAAAACGCCAACUCUCUCAUCUGUUUUGGCAAGUUUUAUUACAAAGCAGAAAAGCAUGGCCCGCUUUGUGGUGGCAGUUUCUAUCACCUAUAACAGUGAUUUUACGGGUGAUUUGCUACUCAAACCUUCCUCGGAAUUUCAAGUUCCUGUGAUCAGAUCCAUAGGAAGUCAACGAGGGCUGGAAAUCUUGUUUCUCGCAAAUAUUCUCAAUGAAUAA